GCUCUUUCUAACAUAUUACUUGAAUCAUGUGUUCGUCACUCUGCAAUCUCGCCCCCGAGGUAUGUCGCCCAAUAUCCCCCUUCAGCGCACAACACUCAUAGAACCCAUAGAUUUCAGCCAGCACGUCCACCACAAGAUACUUCAGCAUAAUUCUUCAGCCGCCCUGUCCAAACUCGGUCUCAUCAUAUCGGACCCAGCGUGCAUGAAAACGCAUGAGAAGCUCGGGUUUACUUUCGGAGGCUUUGUGCUCUCACCGCAGGAUAUGAGGCAUCGAUCCUCUUCGAGUGAUUUAGAGCCCUGCUACAGCAGAUUAAUUAUCUCUGAAGAUGCCGAUCAGCCCUGUCUGGAUCCUUUCACCAGCAUCCCAAUUUAUUUGGACGAUUUAGACCUACUCUACCAGCUGUGUUAUUGUCUUCGUUGUCGGCGCACGCACAUGGCUGGAAACCCACGCAGCCACCACCCCGGUGAGCAACAGCAAGGCACUAUCCGACUCUGGAAGAGGUCGUCUGGGCCGGAUGUUCACCUGACGUUGCUUUUCUUUUUUCGGUGCAAAGAUAUUGCUGCAUACCUGAUGAUGCUCACCACCAGAUCUCGUCACCGCACCCAUAUUUCUCUCAGUCUGAACCUUAUUCCACCUAAUAAGCGGGUUCUUGCCCACCGCGAAGUUCCUGUGUCACAACGUCAAGUACUUACGGCUUCUCUUUACGCCCGGCAGAGGUGCACGAAGAUGGCCGGAAUUCCUUCUUCUAAGAUGCACUCGAGCCGAACAAGUCCUGGUGGUGCAGGUCUAGGGCAGUAG